AUGCCAAUCACGCCGUGCGACAGCCAGAUUCCUCUUCCGUCGCCAAUUCCAACCGGAAGAGGAUCGCGCUCCGCCGCCAACGAGAUCUUCAGCCAGUUCCUCGAGAAGAAACUCCACUUACCGGAACUCACACUACCGGAACUUCAUCAACCACCAGCACCGGCAGAAAUUGACCUCUGGUCUCUCCCACUCGCCUCCGCUCCUCUGCUCCUCCGAUCCGCCAAGGAGUUCGGCGCGUUCCGGAUACGGAGCCACGGAAUCUCCAGCUAUGAUCUCGAAACUAUAGCGAAUGAAGCUGAAAUCGUUUUCAAAGGCUCUAGAAAGGUUUACGUUGAGCGUAACAGGCGCUGCGGAGGGAUGAUUCCUUGUGUUCGAUCUAGUAAUGGAGAACUGGAAUUCACAGCUCACAACCAAACGCAUCGAAAAUUUUGGAUUCAUAUGGGGUACAUAGCAAGUAGAUUGGAUACUAUAGUGGACCAAGUGACUCUGGCUCUAAAACAGGACUCGUCUCAAGAUUUUAAGGAGAGGAUUCAAAAGACAGAAUCUGUAAUUUGUCUUUGCAGGUCCAGAGCAUGUAGUUGUCAUAGUUGGCAAGCAAUUAGAGGUAAUCAAUUUCAUCCUCCGAUAGCUAGUAAUAAUAAUGUAACUUGA